AAGAGCUCACAGACCUCAAGAGCAUGCGAAGACAGCUUGGCUGAAAGAGACAGCUAGGCUGAAAGAGCUACGUAGGCACACAGAUAGAGACAGAAAGAAAGAGAGAGGCGCCACAAGUGGAGCAGACAGAUGCCUCGCGACGGGAUAAAAGAAGAGGAGAAAAGGACACAUUUCACUUUCACUGAACUGCAUCAAGCUCCUGUGUGCGACUCCUUUUUCUUCACUCUGGGCCCGGAGAGAGACAGAUCUCACGACGGACAGGACAGACAGAUCGCUCCAGCAUCAUGAAUCCAGAGGCAGCGGCACUGCAGUGCGAGGACAUGCUCUCCACCAUGGUCCUGGAGAACAUCAAGAACAAACUGCUGCACGCCUUCAGGAGCACCGGGGAGCGGGAACAGCAGCAGCGUCACUACAGGGGCCUCCCGGAGGAGGAGGAGGAGGAGGAGGGCUCAGGUGUUUCCUCCUCCUCCACCUCCACCACCACCUGCUGCUUUGGCAGGAACAUCCAGGCCAAUGAGGAACUGAGGCGGGCCAAAAUCGACGGAGCCAUUUCUUGGAUACGAUCUGAAUUGCUGGAGAUGCGCUCCCAGGACCGUCAGCUGGCCCAGACCCUGCUGGCUCUCAACACCGAGAUCCAGAGACUCAGGAGGUCCAGUGGCUUUUACAUGCUGCCGCCAGAAUCACCAGAACCAGACCACCUGGAAGCAGAACCAGGAGCGGAUGAGCCAGACCUGCUGGAUCCAGAACCAGUGGACACUGGACCAGCAGAGGGGGCGCCAGAGAGUCGGGGGGAACCGCGACCGCGACUGCAGAUGCAGCGGCCAGAACUGACAGUGGUGGUGAUGACACACCCACCUGCUGGCCAGGCCACUGCUCUCUGAGAAAACAGAGAACCGAGACGUGAAAUAGAGAAAGAGACUGUAGAAAUGCAGUAAGAGACUGAAGAUUUAGAUGAAAAGAUGUGGGAAAAGGAGGACUCAAAAGAAUGGAAGAAAGAGAAAGCGAGAGAUACGAGAGAUGGAGAGAGAUUUGUCACCGACUUCCAGAGUGUGUCCUUGUGUGUGUGUGUGUGUGUGUGUGUGUGUGUGUGUGUGUGUGUGUGUGUGUGUGUGUGUGUGUGUGAGAGAGAGAGAGAGAGAGAGAGAGAGAGAGAGAGAGAGAGAGAGAGAGAGAGAGAGAGAGAGAG